CUGGAGUGAAACCCUAUGUGUGCAAGCAGUGUGGGAAAGCCUUCUCUCAUCAGAGUUCCCUCAAAUACCAUGAAAGGGUUCACCGUGGAGAGAAACCCUAUGUAUGUAACCACUGUGGGAAAGCUUUUGUUUGUUCUGGUGCCUUUCGAUUACAUGAAAGGAUUCACACUGGAGAGAAGCCUUACAUGUGUAUAAAAUGUGAAAAAGUUUUCCUUUCUUACAGUGCCCUUCAACAACAUAAGAAAGUUCAUCCUGGGGAAAAACCAUAUGUAUGUAAGCAAUGUGGGAAAGCCUUUCUUUGGGAAAAUAAUCUUCAAAGACAUACAAAACUUCCCUCUGGAGAGAAAUUAUAUGAAUGUAAACAAUGUGGUAAAGCAUUUCGGUGGGAAAAUAGUCUUCAAAGACAUACAAAGCUUCACUCUGGAGAGAAAUUAUAUGAGUGUAAACAGUGCGAUAAAGCCUUCCGUUGGAAAUGUGACAUUCAAAGACAUGAAAAAGUUCACAUGGGAGAGAAAUUACCUGAGUAUGAACAAUGUGGGAAAUCCUUUCUUUGGGAAAGUGAUUUUCAUAGACAUAAAAGAAUUCAUAGUGAAGAAAAACCAUAUGCAUGUAAGCAAUGUGGGAAAUCCUUCCUUUGGGAAAGUGCUUUUCAUAGACAUAAAAGAGUUCACAGUGAAGAGAAACCAUAUGAGUGUAAGCAGUGUGGGAAAUCCUUCCUUUGGGAACGUGGUUUUGAUAGACAUAAAAGAGUUCACACUGAAGAGAGACCAUAUGAGUGUAAGCAAUGUGGGAAAACCUUCCGUUGGGAAAAUAAUUUUCGAAGACAUAAAAAAGUUCACAGUGGAGAGAAACCAUGUGAAUGCAAGCAGUGUGGGAAAGCCUUUCUUUGGGAAAGUAGUUUUCGACAACAUAAACAAGUUCACAGUGGAGAAAAACCAUACAAGUGUAAGGAAUGUGGGAAAAACCUUCCUUUGGGAAAGCAGUUUUCAAAGACAUAAAAAAGUGCACAGUGGAAAGAAACCGUACGAAGUAAGCAGUGGGGGAAAGCUUUCUCUUGUCCUAGUCACUUAAAAAAACUUUUAAAAAUUCACAGUGGAGACUAAGCCUAGCAAUUUGUAAAAUCAGUAGAUUGCCCAUUUCUCUAAUAUGUGUUAAUACUCACUGGAAAGAAACAAUUUGUAUGUUUGCCAUGUGCAUAAGUCUGCAAUUGUCACUUUGGUUUCACAGACAUAAGAGAGAGCUCAUAGUUGAGAGUAACCUUAAAUAUAGAAUGAGAAGGCUUCGGGGCUGGGGAUUUAGCUCAGCGGCAAAAAGCGCCUGCCUGGCAAGUACAAGGUCAUGAGUUCGUUUCCCGGUACCGGAGAAAAACCAAAAAAAAAAAAAAAAAGGCGGCUUCAUUUUCAGAAGACUUUCCUUGCAUUCAUUUGGCUGCACAGGAGAGGACAUUUAUUAGUGUAAAGCAUGUGGAAAUGCCUUUAGUUGUCUUAUUUGAGUCAUAGUUGUAACAUGGUAUGGAGAAUAACCUUGUCUAGAAGAAAUGUGCCCAAGUCUUUACUUGGCACAUACGUGAAUGCACAUUGGGUCAAAACCUUGUGAUUGGGAAAGAAACAAAGUGGUCAGUUGUAAAAAAUUGUGUUAAAGUCAUAUGAAAAUUCCUGAUGCAGUAGAGUCCUGUUAAAGUAAUAUAAAGAGGUCUGGGGAUUUAGCUCAGUGGCACAGCGCCUGCCUGGCAAGCACAAGGUCAUGAGUUUAAUUCCCGGUACCAGAUUUAAAAAAAAAAAAAGUAAUAUAAAGAAUUUUAUGCUAAGUAAUUAAUGUGGCAUACUUUAGAAAACACAUAGUGAAUCACAUUUGCUGAAAAUCUUAUGUAUAUAUAAAAUUGGGUCCCAUUUUUCAUAUCGAUCUAAUGUGUAUUUGUUUCAAAUUUGUGUGCUUCUAGAUAGUCAUUAAACUGAGCAAUGUGAUGCCUGCUGUAAUCCUGCUGCUAGGGAAGUAGAGAUGGGAGACCAGUUGAGCCCACUAGUUGGAUACAGAAUUGUUAAAAUAACAAAAUAAACUAAGUACAUUACAGUGAAAGUAUUCUUUAAGUUAUGUUGAAAAAAAAAAAAGCAAAUUAUUUUAGUAAAUUUUUUAAAAUCAAAUCUCUAAUAAGCUUUGUCUUGACCUGACAUUUUGAACUGUUUUGCUUUCAUGGGUGAAUUAAAACAUUUUAAGUAUAUAAUAUAUCCUUGAGAUUAACAAAUGUUUUCUUUUUCCUUCACUAUAGCUCUAAAUAUACCAUUCUUAACAUAGAUUCACUCCAUAUAUCUCUGCUGAGUCUCUUUUCUUUGAUGUUGAGUAUGCAGUGUUUUCCCAUUGUAUAAGUUGUACUCUACAUGCAUAAAUUUUUAAAAUUUACGUGGGGGUUGUAAUUUGUCCUUUGCUCAUUAUACACAAGGUACAUUAUGCUGAUUUGGAUACCUUCUCACCAGAGGCCAUCUGGACUAUAUCUUUUGUUAUAUGACAUGUAAUGAAUUAUAAUAAGUGUGAGCACAGAGCAUAUCUGACUGUGGUUCAGCAUGAAGAGCAUUGAUCAUAGAAUUUUUUAUAGGCUUGGUGUUUGUUUUAGGGUGUUAAUUGCUAUGCAUUGUAAUACAGCUUCUCCCUCUGUUGAAUGUACUGAGCAGUGAAUACAGUUCUCUCUUUGGUAAGCAUUAUAGUUCUAAUCUGGAAGUUUCCAUUUAAUACACUAUCCUAGUAAACAUGAAAUGUUUGUGUAGCUUACAUUAAAUGUUCUCAAGUCACUAGCAUAAAUCAUAUACUAUGAUGUGUAUUUUAUUGUAAAGUGUUGAUUAUGUCAUAUAACAUCACACGUAAUUAACUAUAGGGUUUCAGUUUUUAUACUUGUAUACAUAUGCCCAUAUGAACAUCUGGCUGCUGCUCAGUAUAAUCAGGAAGUAUAAUGCUGCAUAUUGUCACAUGGCGUGAGAUCCAACCUUAAAAACUGGAGGCAUUAUCUUAUGUGUACAUUCACUUUUUUACCAUCUUAACAUAAAAAAAAUCCUAAUUCUCAAACUCUAACUCUAUGAUCUUCCUCAUAUCAGUUAAAAAAUAAAAAUGUAAUUGCCCUUUAGCAUGCUUUGGAAAAUACACUUUUCACAUUUAUUAUGACAAAUCUUACCUGUGCCAGUGUUGUAAACUACAGCUGUACAGAAUUAAACACGGGUAAUCCAAGCAGUUUGUGAUGAAUAUAGAGGGAUGAGAAAACAAAUUCUUGAAAUGCUAGUGUCUGUGGUUUUGUGAGAAACUCCAUAUAGUUGAAGAAAUGGUAAAAUAUAUGUUUAAAAGAUGCAAAUAAGAGCUGUAAUGGAAAAUACACAAUAACUUGUGAUGGAGUAUUGGGAUGUAUUGUAAAUUUGUAUGGAAAGCCAGUGUGUAAGAUUGUCACAUUGAUCAUUUCUGUUUCCACAUGCAAUGACUCCUUAACUUUGUUUCACCAGUUGCUCAGGUGUGAAUAUUCACAGAGAAGACUGUCCU